UCCAUGCCAUUCAAGUCAGGAGAAAUAUUUUCUCUGGAUCUGGCUUCAACUAAAUACAGAGGCUGUGAAAUGUGUUUAACUUCUCCCUGUGUUUUCAGGUUUGACACCUUGCCUCGGGAAGAGAAUCAUGUUUCUCAGAAGUGCUCUGCUGGGAAUUCUGCUUUCCAGCAGCCUCUGGACAGAACCUUCUCUGGCUGGCUCCAGCUUUUUAAGCCCUGAAUAUAAAAAGCUACAGCAACAAAAUGACCCAAAAAAACCCUCCGCACAAUUACAUCGUCGAGGAACGGAAGGCUUUUGGGAUCCAGAUGAAGCAGAGGCAGAAGACGACAGAAACAGUAUUGAAAUUAAGUUUAAUGUUCCCUUUGAAAUCGGUGUCAGGAUAACAGAAGAAGAGUAUCAAGAAUACAGACAAGUGCUGGAGAAGAUGCUAGGGGACACGCUUGGAGCGAGUGCUCAAGCAACUCAGAUGAAAAACUGAGGCAAGACGGAGGACAACACAGCACUAGAUGGCCUGAUUUGGUUUAAAUUUAACUCAAAAUGAAAUUACUGAUCACAACUCUGAAGAAGAAGGAACUACGUGAACCUAAGCCGUUUGCCAUGACAGACUUUGGGAUGGAUUAUCUUUUAAGGAAAAAUACAAGACCUAGAGCCCGAAGUAAUAAAGGGCAAGGUUUAAUCACAGGCUGACAAGUAGGCUUAUUUUCUUCUCUCUUUUCCUUAGCAAAUAGAGUGAUUAUUCUAAAGGACGUGUUUGAAGGCCAUAUGAAUCCUUUCUAAAACUGGUGGAAACCUCUUCUUACACAUCUAUAAUAGAGAAUAAAGCUUAUGCUGAAACUGCAA